AUGGCGAGCCCCACGCUGCUGGGGCUGCUGCCCCCCCUGAACUCCCCUCCUGGUCCUAACCUCAACAACAACAACAACCACCAGAGCGUGAGGAAAUGCGGCUACCUGCGCAAGCAGAAGCACGGGCACAAGCGCUUCUUCGUGCUCAGGGGACCCGGCGGCAGCGGGGAGGAGCAGCCGGGGGCGGGGGGCGCCCGGUUGGAGUACUACGAGAACGAGAAGAAAUGGAAGAACAAGUCGGGGGCUCCCAAGCGGGUGAUCGCGCUGGAUUCCUGCCUCAACAUCAACAAGCGAGCGGACGCCAAGCACAAGUACCUGAUCGCCCUCUACACCAAGGACGAGUACUUCGCCGUGGCGGCCGAGAACGAGCAGGAGCAGGAGGGCUGGUACCGGGCCCUCACCGAUCUGCUCAACGAGGGCAAAGCCGCCUGCCAGAGUUCCCCGCUCCGCCACCUCUCCUCGCCCUUCUCCUCCUGCAGUGGCGCCGCCUCCUCCCUGGCCGGCGGCUGCGAGGACCUCAACUACGGGCUGAUCGCCCCGGCCAGCGCUGCCUACCGGGAGGUCUGGCAGGUGACGCUGAAGCCCAAGGGCCUGGGGCAGAGUAAGAACCUGACCGGGGUGCACCGGCUCUGCCUCUCCGCUCGCACCAUCGGCUUCGUGCGCCUCAACUGCGAGCUGCCCUCGGUCACGCUGCAGCUGAUGAACAUCCGCCGCUGCGGCCACUCCGACAGCUUCUUCUUCAUGGAGGUGGGGCGGUCGGCGGCCACCGGGCCCGGCGAGCUCUGGAUGCAGGCGGACGACUCGGUGGUGGCGCAGAACAUCCACGAGACCAUCCUGGGGGCCAUGAAGGCGCUGAAGGAGCUGUCCGAGUUCCGGCCCCGCAGCAAGAGCCAGUCCUCCUCGUCCUCCUCCUCCGGGGGCGCCGGCGGCCCCGGAGCCUCCUCCACUCAUCCCAUCACUGUGCCCGGCCGCCGGCACCACCACAUGGUCAACCUGCCGCCCAGCCAGACCGGUCUGCUGCGCCGCUCCCGCACAGACAGCCUGGCGGCCGGGGCCAGCGCCGGCACCAAGGGCACCCCGGGCCGGGUACGGACGGCCAGCGAAGGGGAUGGCUGCAGAGCGGGCUCGGUCGCCGGCAGCCCCAUGAGCCCCGGCCCGGUGCGGACUCCCUUGAGCCGCUCGCACACUCUUAGUAGCGGCGGCAAGUCCGGGGGGAAGCUGGGGCCGGUGCCCCCCGGGGGCGGCCUGCAGAAUAGUCGCUCCAUGUCUAUGCCCGUGUCUCACUCGCCCCCUUCCGCCACCAGCCCGAUCAGCCUCUCCUCAAGCAGCGGGCUCGGCUCCGAGCCCCCCCAACCGCAGCGCCCGUCCAGCGGCAGCGCCUCCGUGUCCGGCUCCCCCAGCGACCCGGGCUUCAUGUCCUUCGAUGAAUACGGCUCCAGCCCGGGCGGCGACCUGCGGCCCUUCUCCACCGCCAGCAACCGCAGCAACACGCCCGAGUCCAUCGCCGAGACCCCUCCGGUGCGGGACCCCGGGGGCGGCGCGGACCUGUACAGCUACAUGGCCAUGGAGCGGCCCCAGAGCGGCCGGCUCUGCUACCGGCCCUGCCCGGACUCGGCGGGGGACAAGGGCCCCAGGAAGCGGACUUACUCGCUGACCACGCCAUGCCGCCAGCGGCCCGCCCCCCCGCAGGUCUCCUCCGCCUCCCUGGACGAGUACACCCUUAUGCGGGCCACCUUCGCCGGCAGCUCCGGCCGCCUCUUCCCCGCGGCCUCCCCUAAAGUGACCUACACCCCCUACCCCGAGGACUACGGGGACAUCGAGAUCGGCUCCCACCGCAGCUCCGGCAGCAGCAGCACCAACCUGGGGCCGCCGGCAGGGGGCGGCGGAGGAGGGGACGACGGCUACAUGCCCAUGACCCCUGGGGUGGCCACGGCUUUGGGGCCGGGCAGCCGGGGCGGCGAUGACUACAUGCCCAUGAGCCCCACCAGCGUGUCCGCCCCCCAGCAGAUCCUGCAGCCCCGGGCCGGGGCGGGCGGCGGCUCGCCGGGGAACGGCAGCGGCGGCUACAAGACCAGCUCCCCCGGGGAGAGCUCCCCAGACGACAACGGCUACAUGCGCAUGUGGGGCGGCUCCCGGCUGUCGGUGGAGAGCUCGGACGGGAGGCUGAGCGGCGGCGACUACAUCAACAUGUCCCCGCACGGGCCGCCCGCCGCCUCGCUCACCCCGCCCGACUUCUUCUUCGCCCCGGCUCAGGGCGGCGGAGACCCGCCGAAGGCCGCCUACGCCUGCAGCUCCCUGCCCCGCUCCUGCCAGGAGCCGGCCAAGGACAGUGACCAGUACGUGUUCAUGAGCUCCCCGGGCAGGCUGAUCCCGGAGGAGCCGGCCUGCGGCGUGCGCCCCGCCGCCCCCUCCAGCCACACGGUGCCUUCCCCGCUGCGGCACAGCCGGACCGAGAGCUUCCGGAGCCAGCGGAGCCCGCGGGCGGUCCGGCCCAGCCGCCUGGCCCUGGACACCCUGCGGACGCUGCUGCCCAGCAUGCACGAGCACCCCCUGCCGCCCGAGCCCCAGAGCCCCGGCGAGUACAUCAACAUCGACUUCGGGGAGGCGGCGGCAGCCGACUCGCCGCCCUCCCUGCCGGCCGACAGCCCGGCCUCCUCGCUGGGCUCGGGCGCCGGGCGGAGGCGCUCCCCCCUCUCCGACUACAUGAACAUCGACUUCGGCUCGCAGGCGGGCCCGGUGUCGGUGGGCUCCCUGGAGGCGCUCUCCCCGGAGUCCUGCGCCAGCCGCGGCCGGCCUGACGGGCUCUACCUGCAGGCGGCGGUGGGGGUGGCCUGCCUGUCCAGCCCGCCCGACGGGGGGGAUUACACCGAGAUGACCUUCGGCAUGGCCGCCACCCCGCCCCAGCCCAUCGCCCAGAAGCCAGAAAGCGCCCGGGUCACCAGCCCCACGGCCGGGGUGAAGAGACUCACCCUGGCCGGGGUGGAAGCUUUCAUCCUCUCCAGCCCGCCCCCAGACCCCAACCGCGGGGCCAAGGUCAUCCGGGCGGAUCCCCAGGGGCGCCGGCGGCACAGCUCGGAGACUUUCUCCUCCACCACCACUGUGACCCCCGUGUCUCCUUCCUUUGCACAUAACCCCAAACGGCACAACUCGGCCUCGGUGGAGAACGUGUCUCUCAGGAAAAGCGAAGGCCUGGAGGAGGAGCAGGGCAGCAGCCCCAUGUGCCGGGAGACCUCCGCCGGCUUCCAGAACGGCCUCAACUACAUCGCCAUAGACGUGGUGGAUGGGAGCCUGGCGAACUGUGACAAAGUCAGACCCAAAGGCAGGCACCCCAUGAAUGGGGACAUCAAUGGAGUUGAGACCAGCGCCUAUGCCAGCAUAGAUUUCCUAUCCCACAACCUGAAAGAAGCAACUCUUGUAAAAAAAAAAAACCAAAGUUCAUUCUAUUUGGUUUAUCAGGAAAUUAAUAUUUCAAUGUAAAAUCAUAGUCAGUUCAAAUACUUGCCCAUGUCUAUAGAUAUAUUUUAUUAUGUAGGUAAAUAUUGUGUUUGAGUUUUUGUCUCUUUAACAGAAUUAAUCAUGUGACUUUAAAAAUAAAGAUGCAUUGG